CGCUCUGUGCGUGCACUCAGUCACACCCGCGCGUCCCCGACACAUCUCUGUGUCUGUUGGUCACUACACCUGCGAUAGGUUAUAGUGUACUAUCUGUAAUUUUAGAACAAUAUCAAUUGCGGAACUUUUCCUGUGAUAUCUUAAUAUCCGUUAUAAAUACGUGUAGGAGCAUAUCACCUAGUUUUGCUGGUUAAAUAAAAAGACGGAAACUUUUCCCCAAUGAAUUUUAAUGGUGAGAACAGUGCAGCCGGGUUCGCUGCCGGAAUCGGCCACGAGGAACUGGACCUUCCUUUUCCUCUAUUUCUUUGCGGCCAAACUGGAAAUGACAAUCCACAUGAUGACCAAGAUGAGCUCGAUGCUCUGUCAAACCUCGAUACUAAUCCACCCUCAUCCAACACUGACCAGGACCAUCCUCAGUAUAGUAAUCUGUCCCUCUAUCAGCCUUCCUAUGAUCCUCCACUGUCUGAUGAUGCCCUCAGCUGUCAUCACCCUGAUCUACGAGAUCUCUGUCUCACACUUUCAUCCCAGGCUAGCCCCCGCAUCGAGAUCACCUGCUCAGAGCUACACCACCAGCACCGGGAGCAUGUCCAAACAGCACCUGUGGAUAUCAUUCCCCGUCUAGUAGUGCCUCCGUAUCAGAACCUGCUCUACAGGGAAAACAUGAGCCCGGCAAGCAGCACUUCCUCAAGUUGGCACUCAGAGGUGUACUCACCCCAGCCAUCACCCAGUGUUUCUCCCAGUGCUUCAGGAGGUGGAGGUUUAGCUGCAAUGACCGUGGCUGAGUUGUGUCCGAGGCUCCAGGCCAUCCAUGCUUCCGGUUCACCACAUACUUCUCCAAAUACAUCCCCACGGACCAGCAUCACAGAGGAGACAUUCCUGAACUGCAGGCCUUCAUCUGCCUCCUCCUCACGGCCAGGUUCACGCUCCACUUCUCCUCAAGGAAAGCGCACUUAUGAACAAUACCAGAACCCUGCCCUGGUGGUCCCACGCUCCCGAAGCCCCUCUCCUCAUGCAUGGCGAGAGGAGUUGGUUGAGCCUUGUAGACCAACAGCUAACAUUGAUGAAUUUGUAGACAGCGUCAACAGACACCUGGCUAAACCAGUGCCCACAAAGAUUGGACGGACUAAUCAGGAGCCUGCCGUGUUCCCCGAAGUAAAGAGGGAACCUGUAAUGGAACCAGUAUAUGUCUUUCAACCACUAAGUUGGCCCAGUCAGGUGACCACAGCCAUGUGCAGCAUGUCAAUGCCAUCCCUGCCUGCACUGGAGUGGCCGCUUCCCAGCAGCACAGAGCAGUAUGAGCUGAAUAUAGAGGUUCAGCCCAGACAGCAUCACAGAGCCCACUAUGAAACUGAAGGCAGCAGAGGAGCUGUUAAAGCAGCAUCAGGAGGACAUCCUGUGGUUCAGUUGCACGGAUACAGUGGGCGAGAAGCUCUGGCACUGCAGGUCUUCAUUGGAACGGCUGACGAGAGAGCCGUGAGGCCACAUGCCUUUUACCAGGUCCACCGCAUCACUGGCAAAACCGUCACCACCACCAGCCAAGAGAAAAUGGUGAACGGAACCAAGGUUCUGGAGCUGCCGCUCGAACCCAAAGACAACAUGCGGGCAGUCGUGGACUGUGCUGGGAUACUGAAGCUGAAAAAUGCUGAUAUUGAGCUGCGGAAAGGUGAGACAGAUGUGGGACGGAAGAACACACGUGUACGUCUGGUGUUUCGUAUUCAUGUGCCUCAGCCUGGAGGCCAGUGGAUUUCUCUCCAAGUGGCCUCAAAUCCCAUAGAGUGCUCUCAGAGACCAAGCCGUGAAACUCCAGAGGUGAAGAGGCAGGAUUUGGACCAAUGCUCAGUCCUAGGUGGAAUGCAGAUGAUCCUGACCGGUCAAAACUUCACCUCUGAGUCCAGGGUGCUGUUCAGUGAGACAACCCAAGAAGGCUUAGAGGUCUGGGAAAAGGAAGCUACAGUCAACAGAGAAAAAAGUCAAGCAAACAUGCUGUAUGUAGAAAUUCCUCCAUAUCGAGACCCCAACAUCUAUCACCCAGUCAAAGUCAACUUCUAUGUUCUGAACGGGAAGAGGAAGCCUAGUCAGCCACAACACUUCACCUACGUGCCUCUCCCAGUUACACAGAUAAAGUCCGAGCCACUGGAUGAGUAUCAGUAUGGGCAGCUUGCCUGCACUGUCUCUCAGGUCUUAGGUAUCUCUCCACAAUCGUGCCAUCACCCUGCCCAGCUCACUACCAGCUGCUGUGCUAUGCCAGGCCAGGUUGCCCAGAGGACCAACAGCCCUACCCCUUAUCCACCUGCCUCGGAGUACCACAAGCUCCAUCAGCCUUCAGCCCUCUACCAGAGCCAGGUGGAGGCCCUGAGCAGCAGCCCUGGUCACUACCAGCCUCCCCUGGAUCACCCUGCAUCUGGAGUGCAACCCAUCUGCUCAGGUCAAGCACCAGCCAUAGGGCCAAAUCCAGGCUCUCAUCUCACACCCAGCAGUUACCAACACAUCAUAGCUGGGCACAGCUACCAGGCUGGUGUCUCUGUGUUUCCAAGCCUGGAUGCAGCCAAUCAGAGAAGCUUUGGGCAGAGAGCAGCUCCUCCAGUGCAGAGCUACAACCAGCGGCAGCCUGUGGAGCAUCAGAGAAUUAGCAGUCCUGUAAGAGUCAAGCAGGAGAAUCUGGAUGAAAUUUACCUGAAUGAUGUGAAUGAAGUGAUCAGAAACGAUAUGAUUCAUCAUCCCCUUGAUGACUAGAUCUGAAAUUCAGCAAGAGUCUUCUUCCAAGUGACAGACUUAACAUCUGUACAACUCAUCAGCAUUCACAUCUGCACACAUUCUUUAUGUCAUAUCAAGUUUUUAUAGGGGUGGUGAUAAUAAACUAUAAUCAUGAUUGCUGAUUGCACCUGCCAUUGGAUUUAAUGUUAUAACUGAUCGGUGUUUAAAUGAAUAGCUGUAAUUUUUCUCUGCCAUAUUAACUAUUCCUAUAGCUGCUAGCAACAUUCAUUUUCUAGACAGUUGUGUAAAACAGCACCUUUAGUUCUCAGGUAUGCUUUACUCUGCUAGUAUUGAAAUGUAAUGAACAGUAUGAGGUACAAGCACUAUAGAACUAAUGCUAGCUACCGGUCAGGAUCAGAUGCUCGCCAUGAGAUUUCCUGCUGAAUGUCUUGUAUGUAAUGCAUCCUGGGUGUUGAGAGAAAAUUGAUGGACAUAAAAAGAGGCAGUGAUAUGAAACUGAGGUGCAAUACCAUGCUACAGAAUACUACAAACCAUAACAAAUAAUACAUGACAGUGCUCUUUUUUGUUAGCAGUUAUUUUCUAUAAUUAUGCCAUUCAGUUUUAAUGGAUUAUUAUUAUUAUUAUUUUUUUAAUUUUACCCUGAUAUCUUAUUUCAUGCAUGUUAUUUCACUAUGCUUAGGAUGAGUGUCCAUUUAAUGAAUAU